ACAUUGGAUGGGAAGGAAGUUCACAAAAGCCACGGACGCGCUGGCCCUCCUCCGGUGACACGCAGGCCCACGGGUUUAGCUUAAGGAAGUAUUCCUUGUUCGGACACGCGGGCGCUACCCGUCAGUUUUACACGCGGGCAAAACCUUCUCAACACGCUGGCUGCCGGAUUAGCUAUGGAACUGCCUUAUAA